CUCUCUCUCUCUCUCUCUCUCUUCGGUUUCUCUCUCUACACUCAACCCUCUUUCUCUCUCUCUCUCUCUCAAAAUAAAGGCCAGAACUAAAAUAUCACAAAGUUCUUGUAGGCUCCCUUUGAUGUUGAGCCGAGUGGGAGAGAAUUUGACAGAGAGAAACUUAUUUGCUCUCUUAUCUUUCCUCCCUAUCUCCCUCCCUCUUUAGGUGAAUUUGUUUAUGUAUAUGAUUCUUCACAAACCCUGAGAAAAAUUUGGUGGGAUUUUAAUGUUGUGAGAAGUAGUAAUACCAUGUUUGGGAUUGGGUGUGAGUGUUUCUACUGGAACAGAGUCUCUGAAUUCUACCCACUCCACCCACAACCCUUUUCUCUGCCUUCACCGCUUCCACCAUGGCCUCAAGGUCAAGGUUUUGGUAUGGGGAGAAUAUGCUUAGGAGAAAUAGAAGUUCUUAAAAUCACCGAGUUCGAGUGUAUAUGGAGCUGCACUCAAUUGAGUGGAAAAACAGCAGGUGUCUCAUUUUACAGACCUGUUGGAAUCCCAGAAGGAUUUUUCAGUCUUGGUCACUACUGCCAGCCCAAUGACCAGCCACUGAGAGGCUAUGUUCUUGUAGCCAGAGAUGUCGCUGCUACCAGGCCAGAAGAUGGCCAUAUUCAUGACCGAUUAGUGGAAUCUCCAGCUCUCAGAAAGCCUCUUAGCUACAUAUUGAUUUGGAGUACAGAUUCCCAUCAUGACGGAUGUGUUUACAUUUGGCUGCCAAACCCUCCCUUGGGGUAUAAAGCUAUGGGCUUUGUGGUCACUGACAACCCAAAUGAACCAGACUUGGAAGAAGGUAGAUGUGUCCGAGCUGAUCUCACGGAAGAUUGUGAAACUUGUGAUAUGAUACUCGACAUGGAUUCAAGUUCCUUGAAUUACGCACUUCGAGUUUGGAACACAAGACCCUGCGAAAGGGGGAUUUUGUGUCAAGGAGUUUCUGUUGGAACAUUCUUUUGCAGCACCCACUUGAGUUCUGAUGAUGAGCUAAAUAUUGCGUGCUUAAAAAAUCUUGAUUCCACUCUACAUGCAAUGCCGAAUCUGGACCAGAUCCAUGCGCUUAUCAAACACUAUGGACCCACUGUUUUCUUCCAUCCGGAUGAGGUUUAUAUGCCCUCAUCAGUGCCAUGGUUUUUCAAAAAUGGAGCACUUUUGUACCGUAAUGGCAAGGAUAAGGGUGAACCUAUUGAUUCUAGGGGCUCAAACUUGCCUUGUGGGGGAAUGAACGAUAGGGAGUUUUGGAUAGAUUUGCCAGACGAUGAUGACGAGAGAAAUAAUAUCAAAAGUGGUAACAUUGAGAGUGCUGAGCUCUACAUUCAUGUAAAACCAGCUUUAGGAGGGACUUUCACUGAUAUUGUCAUGUGGGUUUUUUGUCCGUUCAAUGGGCCGGCCACCAUAAAAGCUGGGUUAGUGAAUAUCUCAAUGAACAAAAUAGGCGAACAUGUGAGUGACUGGGAACAUUUCACCCUCCGUUUAAGCAACUUUACUGGGGAGCUUUGGAGCAUCUACUUCUCACAACACAGUGGCGGUGGGUGGGUGGACACUUACAAUUUGGAGUUCAUUGAGGGGAACAGGCCAAUUGUUUAUUCAUCGAAAGAUGGCCAUGCAAGUUUCCCACAUCCAGGGAGCUACAUUGAAGGCUCAUCAAAAUUCUCAAUAGGAGUGAGGAAUGAUGCUGCUAAAAGCAAUUAUUUUGUGGAUUCGAGCACCAAGUACGAGAUUAUUGCUGCAGAGUAUCUUGGAGACGGAGUAGUUACAGAACCGCAUUGGUUGCAGUAUAUGAGGGACUGGGGUCCAACGAUUGUGUACGAUUCAAGAUCUGAAAUCGAUAAGAUAAUCCGUCAUCUUCCAUUUUUUGUUCGGUUUUCAGUGGAGACUCUUUUCGAAUUGUUUCCAACUGAGAUUUAUGGUGAGGAAGGGCCAACAGGACCAAAGGAGAAGGAUAAUUGGUUGUGGGAUGAAAGAUGCUAACUUUGCUACAUUCAAAUUUCAUCCAGUUAUGCUCUUCCCUGCUUUCUGGUCCACCCAUGACUGCACAAGGGUCCUGACAGCCUAAUGAAAGAAGGUGAAUCAGAUUAAAAUACUAAAAUAUCAUUCUUUGGUUGAGAUAUUUCUCUUUAUGGAUUCAAAUUCUGAUUGUAAAAAGGUUAGGAAUGAUAGAUUGUGGAGGAGCAUUUCUUCUUUGCAAGUUUCGGAGAAGAAUAAGCUGUUAUGUUUCACACUUCCACUACUGUAAAAUUUUAGCUAAUGUCUUGGGGAAUUCUCACGGAGAUUGUAUAAAAAGCAGAGAGACUCUUCGGUUGGGUUGAGAUGCAGUGUCGCUGCUGUGGAGGAAGAAGCACCGGCCCUCGGUUAGAAUGGUGGUGUUUUUAGCUGUAAAAAGCUGGCUUUGAAGUUCACAUUGAAUUAUUGAUGCUGUCAACAAGAACAAGAUUUCUGUGCAGUGAUAGAAUGCUUGCACAUAGUGUUGAGAAUCUUGAACAUUUGCUGGAGACAUACAGGGCUCAUGCUGGUGGAUAAAAAUUUGUUGUCCUUUGUAUGCAGUUUCCUACUAAUUCCAAAGUAUGAAGCUUGUUGUAUAUAGAAAGAAUAAUGGCGUCUAAUGACCACAAA